AUGUGUCAGCACCCACGAAAACCCAGCACUCCGGGCGGGCGGCUUUGGGAUCGGCUGACUACAUCCAGCUCAGAGGCAGAGUUGAGGACAGUUGGAAUGUCACCCCUCUUGGCUUUGGGGCUCCUGGUGGCUGGGCUCUGCCCCGCUGUCCGCUGCCUCCUGGGGGGCAGGCUUGGCCCCGAGAUAGCCACCCAGGAGGUCCAACACACGGGGCCACCCUUGGACAGCCUCCGAUUGGCCUCCAGCAACACGGCCUUCACCUUCAGCCUCUACAAGCGGUUGGCUUCAAAGACCCCCAAUAAGAACAUCAUCUUCUCCCCGCUGAGCAUCUCCACCGCCUUGGCUUUCCUAUCCCUGGGGGCCCGUGGCACCACCCUCACGGAGAUCCUCGAAGGCCUCAAGUUCAACCUCACGGAGACCCCCAACACGGAAAUCCACCGGGGCUUCCGGCACCUUCUGCAGAGCCUCAGCCGGCCCAGUGACGAGCUACAGCUGAGCGUGGGCAAUGCCAUAUUUGUCAGCGAGGGGCUGAAGCUGCUGGAGAAGUUCAGGGAAGAUGCCAGGGCGCUCUACGCCUCCGAGGCCUUCUCCACCAACUUCCAGGACUCGGCUGCCGCCGAGAAGCUUAUCAACGACUUCGUGAAGAAUAGGACCCAGGGGAAAAUUGCGGACUUGGUCAAGGACCUUGACCUGCACACAGCAAUGGUCCUGGUGAACUACAUCUUCCUUAAAGCCAAAUGGAAGACGCCCUUCGACCCCCACAAUACGUUCGAGGCGAAGUUCCACGUGAGCAAGAGGAGGAGGGUGACGGUGCCCAUGAUGGACCUCGAGGACGUGGCGGUGCCUUACUUCCGGGACGAGCGGCUGGCCUGCACCGUCGUGGAGCUCCAGUACGCCAGCAACGACAGCGCGCUCUUCGUUCUCCCCGACGAGGGCAGGAUGGAGGCCGUGGAGGCCGUGCUGCAGCCAGAGACGCUGAGGGGGUGGAGACACUCGCUGCGGCUGAGGUGGAUAGACAACCUGUACCUGCCCAAGUUUUCCAUCUCCAGCAGCUAUAAUCUGGAAAGCAUACUCCCCCAGCUGGGCGUGACGAAAGUCUUCACCAACCAGGCCGACCUGUCGGGAAUCACGGGGGAGAGGAACCUGGCAGUUUCCCAGGUGGUCCACAAGACCGUGCUCGACGUGACGGAGGUGGGCACGGAAGCAGCGGCGGCCACGGGAAGCAAAAUUAUGUUGAUGUCUGGAAAAAUUGGCCCACUGACCACUGUGAGCUUCAACAGACCGUUUCUGCUGUCCGUACUCAGCAAAGACACCCAGGACAUCCUCUUUUGGGGCAAAGUCGCCAACCCCAAUCAAGCCUAGGGCCCCCCCUCUGAGGUGCCGGGCGCCCGGGUCUCCAGACGCAGCCUGGCCUCUGUGCACCAAGGAGCCACAUGCCAGGCCCUGCCUGGCUCAUCCUUUAGACGGUGACAGUGACUCUGCCUGGUGGCUUCCACCUGCACAGGGAGCCUGUGGACUUUUUGAUCGGAGGCUCUGAGACCUCCAGACAGCAAUAAGCCACCUUUCUCGGA